AUCUGCAGGGCCUGAUACCAUACCAGCCGUUUUCUUAGUGAAUUGUGCAUCUGAAUUAAGUGUACCGGUUGCAUUACUCUUCCAACGCUGUAUCAAUGAAGGUAUCAUGCCGUCUCGCUGGAAAGCCGCCUUUAUUUCACCAAUCCAUAAAAAGGGCUCCAAAGACUGCGUCGAGCACUACAGACCUAUAUCCAAACUGUGUCUACUGUCUAAGAUCCUGGAGCGCAUUGUCUACACGCAGCUCUACAGCGCUCUGAAGCAUACGUUUAGUCCAGCCCAACACGGUUUUCUGAAACAAAGAUCCACGGUCUCUAACCUUUUAAUUUUUAGUGACUUUCUUACAAGUAAUCUGGAUAACGGUGAUCAAGUCGACGCAAUAUACACAGAUUACAGUAAAGCCUUUGACCGAAUAGACCACUGUUUACUCCUAAACAAGCUUCAUCUUGCUGGCAUUAGAGACGACAUGAAAGUAUUUAUGGUCGUCAAUAAUGCUGCUGAUGCCUUAUGUCUGCAAGAGGAUCUUUGUAGACUUGACCGCUAUUGUGUGAGUAACAAGUUAGACCUAAAUGUCGCCAAGUGCUACUGUGUUACCUUUUCUAGAAAGAGACAUUUGUUCGAAGCUUCUUAUACAAUCAAAGGUCAAAACUUAGCAAGGGCGCUCUCAUCGCGUGAUCUAGGUGUCACCUAUGAUAGUAAAUUACUAUUUGAUCAGCAUAUUGACCAUAUUGUAAGUAAAGCGUCCAAAUCUCUUGGUUUUAUUAUGCGAGCCUCUAAGCCUUUUAAAUCAAUGAAGACUGUAAAGCUGCUGUACUGUGCGUAUGUUCGAAGUCAUCUUGAAUAUGCCAGCCAGAUUUGGAACCCUCAAUACGAUGUUUACAUAAAUAGGCUGGAGAAGAUACAGAGGAAGUUCACACGCUACAUCGGAUUUAAAUUUAAGAUUCCCUACACCGACUACGAACACCGCUGUGAACGCCUCCAUCUCCUUCCUCUUAAACUCCGUAGGACAGUAGCAGACGUUAUUUUCCUUUUUAAAAUAAUUAGAGGUUACGUAGACUGUCCGGAGCUGCUUCAGAUGGUAAACUUCCAUGUCCCAACCAGACCAUCCAGGAAAUUUAAAACCCUCCACAUACCUGCUUGCAGCACAAAUUUCCGACAAAAUUUCUUUUCCUUACGAGCAAGUAAUGCAAUUAACAGUCUCUGCAACUCAAGCGAGGUCGAUAUAUUUGGCAGUAGUUUGGAAAUGGUCAAAGCAAUUUUUUUCCGCAAUUUCGUGUCGUCUUUGGCGUAGCGGCAGUAGUAGUGU